AUGGCUGGAAGGUCGCGGCUCCCGAGUGGUGCCGUGUGCCCUGCCGCCUACCCCGACACCCCCGCCGAAUUUCCCCCGCACCUCCAGGCCGGCGCGAUGCGUCGCCGCUUCUGGGGCGUGUUCAACUGCCUGUGCGCCGGCGCGUUCGGGGCCCUGGCCGCCGCCUCCGCCAAGCUGGCCUUCAGCAGCGAGGUCAACAUGGGCUUAUGCGUGUUAGGCAUUGUUGGGAUGGCGUUCACCAAUUCUAUGAUGUGGACAUUCUUUAGCCGGGGCCUCAGUUUCUCCAUGUCUUCGGCCAUUGCAUCUGUCACGGUGACUUUUUCAAACAUCCUUAGUUCGGCUUUCCUGGGCUACGUGCUGUACGGAGAGUGCCAGGAGGUCUUGUGGUGGGGAGGAGUGUUCCUCAUCCUCUGCGGACUCACCCUGAUCCACAGAAAACUCCCUCCGACCUGGAAGGCCCUUCCACAGAAGCAGCAGUAGCACCGUUAGCUGGACGGACCAGCUGGAAAGAUGGCGGCGGUGGCCAGGCUCAGCCAGAGGGUGGUGCCAGGCUGACCAGGCCUCCGGGCCAGCUCUGCUUCCAGGGAAAGCAGGCCAGGAGUGGCCUUCGGGCAUGAAGCUUCAGCUUCUGUAAGGGGAGGUACGACCGCAGCAGUGUUCUGAUACUUUCUUGGUGUAUCUGUAUAAAGCUUUGACCCCCAUGCCCCCAGGCCGCCCCAGGGAGCCACCUCUGCUGGUGAGCCUGGGCAGAUGCCAGAGGCCCUGGGGUAGGUCUGCUUUAUGUGUGGUACCUGAAACCAAGCUCUAAUUGUAGUUGUGUUGCCCGCCUACGGCCAGUCACAUAACACUCAAGUCAGUGACUGGUGGGGCUUGCUGACACCUUCAUGCUGAUGUACCAGGCCAUCUGUGUCAUGCUUCCGUAUUGUGGCACGGGAAGGAA